AUGUCGUCUUCGGGAGGUGGCUUCUUGGGCCGCUCGAGCAGCAGCACCGCCAACAUGCGCGGCCUCGUCCAGUUCAUUGCCGAUUUGCGAAAUGCCCGCGCCCGCGAGCUCGAGGAGAAGCGAAUCAACAAGGAGCUCGCCAAUAUCCGACAAAAAUUCAAGGAUGGAAACCUCAGCGGCUACCACAAGAAGAAAUACGUCUGCAAGCUCCUGUACAUUUAUAUCCUGGGCUGGAAUGUUGAUUUUGGCCAUCUCGAAGCUGUCAAUCUCAUUUCGGCGGGCAAGUACUCGGAGAAGCAGAUUGGCUAUCUGGCGGUUACGCUGUUCCUUCACGAAAAGCACGAGCUACUACACCUCGUCGUCAACAGUAUUCGCAAGGAUCUUUUGGAUCACAAUGAGCUUUUCAACUGCUUGGCUCUGCACGCAAUUGCCAAUGUUGGAGGCCGCGAAAUGGGGGAGUCGCUAAGUGGUGACGUGCACCGGCUUCUGAUCGCUCCUACGUCGAAAUCCUUUGUCAAGAAGAAAGCAGCCCUUACUCUGUUGCGACUGUACCGAAAGAGUCCCGAAAUCGUCAACCCACAGUGGGCUGAUCGCCUGAUACACUUGAUGGACGACAAUGACCUCGGUGUUGCUCUCUCUGUCACAUCGCUGGUAAUGACGGUUGCGCAGGACAGCCCGGAUCUGUACAAGGGCGCCUACGCGAAAGCCGCUGCUCGACUCAAGCGCAUCGUCAUCAAUGCUGAGUAUACGGCCGAUUAUCUAUACUACAAGGUCCCGUGCCCAUGGCUUCAAGUAAAGCUUCUGAAGCUCCUUCAGUAUUUUGCGCCCUCAGAUGAUACCCAUGUUCGCAAUAUGCUGCGAGAAGCCCUGCAAAAGAUUCUAAGCCUGGCUACGGAAGGUAGCAAGAACGUGCAGCAAAAUAAUGCACAGAAUGCUGUUUUAUUUGAAGCAAUCAACCUCAUCAUUCAUCUCGACACCGAGCAUGAGCUGAUGGAUCAGAUUUCAUCUCGGCUGGGCCGCUUCAUUCAAAGCCGCGAAACUAAUGUUCGCUACCUUGGCCUCGAAGCAAUGACACACUUGGCCGCGCGCACACGAACGCUUUCUCCCAUCAAGCAGCACCAAAAUAUUAUUCUCGGGUCACUCAAAGACCGUGACAUCAGCGUUCGGCGCAAGGGACUAGAUCUCCUCUACAGCAUGUGUGAUUCUACGAAUGCUAGAAUCAUUGUCGGCGAGCUUUUGCACCACCUUCAAAAUGCCGACUACGCCAUUCGUGAAGAAAUGGUAUUAAAGAUUGCCAUUUUGACGGAAAAGUACGCCACGGACGUUCAGUGGUACGUCGACAUUUCCCUACGACUGAUCGCCAUGGCCGGUGAUCAUGUUAGCGACGAAGUAUGGCAACGCGUCACGCAAAUCGUCACCAACAAUGAAGAACUCCAAAUAUAUGCUGCUCAAAAUGUCCUGCAGCACAUCAAGUCUGAUCAUUGCCAUGAGACGCUGGUCAAAAUCGCAGCCUAUAUACUUGGCGAGUUCGGCCAUCUAGUCGCAGACCAACCGCGGUGCAGCCCUAUUGAGCAGUUCAUGGCUUUGCAAAACAAGCUGUCCUCGACGUCAUCUAGCACUCGUGCCAUGAUUCUGUCAUGUUUCAUCAAAUUUGUCAACCUCUUCCCCGAAAUCAAGCCACAGUUGGUCCGCGUUUUCCAGAUUCACAGCCACACCUUGGACUCGGAAAUGCAGCAAAGAGCCUGUGAAUAUCUCACCCUUGCGACACUUCCUACCGAUGACUUGUUGAGAACAGUCUGUGACGAGAUGCCUCCCUUUCCCGAAAGAGAAUCGGCUCUUUUGUCACGUCUACACCAGAAGCACGCCAAUACCAGCGAUCGACGCACAUGGGUUGUCGGAGGAAAGGAUGCCAAUACGGAUGAGACCGAACUGAGCAUGGCCAAACCUGGUCUCAAACGUUCUUUCAGCUCUGGAAAUGCCCUCAACGGAACAACCGAAGUAUCUUCGAGAGGAGCAAAUGAUUUGGCAGGCCUGAACAUGAGUGGAUCAGCAGAGCCGGCCAAAGUACAGAAUUUGGCUAGUGCCGCACAUUUGUCGCCCGGCUGGGAGAAGGGCUAUGACCGUCUCAUGCUUCGCUCAGAGGGUGUCUUGUACGAGGAUGGCCAACUACAAGUAGGCGUUCGAUCCGAAUACCGUGGGCAAAUGGCUUGCAUUAUUGCAUACUUCAAGAAUAAAAAUCCUGGCGAAAUAUCGUCAUUUACCACUACCUUGGACUUGGAUCGAAGCGAAAAGGCCAAUCUAACGUGGGAUGUCAAAGACUCGCCGGACAGCAGCCUCGUUCAUGGUGGCCAGUCGCAGCAGGUUAUCAUGUUUGAGGCGCAAAAAGCAUUCACAAAGAGCCCGACAAUCAGAAUCAGUUAUUUGGCUGGAUCUCUACAGGCCAUUACGCUCAAGCUUCCCAUUGCUUUACAUAAGUUUAUGGAUCCUGCAGAACUAUCGGCAGAAGACUUUUUCAAGCGAUGGAAGCAAAUCAGCGCUGGUCCGAGAGAAGCACAGGGUAUUUUUGGUGUAAAAGCCAAGGCCAAGAACAGGGAGAUUACAGAGACGUUUGUCAGGAAAUCCGUAGAGGGGUUCCGAUGGCGUUUGCUUGAUAUGGUAGAUCCCAACCCCAAAAACAUUGUCGGUGCCAGUGUGCUCCAUACGACACAAGGCGGAAAGUUUGGAUGUCUCAUGAGACUUGAGCCAAACUAUGGAAGCCAAAUGAUUCGACUCACAAUCCGCGCUACUGAUGAUUCGGUGCCCGCAAUACUGCUCAAGCUCAUGCAGGAUUACUUGAGCAUGGGUGUUUCCGCGGGGCCUGAGCUGCCCGAACCUCCCACGAGACAGGAAAUCUCGGCUGCGUUUGGGAAUGUUAUGGUGGGAUGA